CUCAUCCAAAAUCUCACCAGUUCCAUACGUGGUGUGCACCUGACAGCACCAUGAAGCGACUUCUUUUCGCCUUGAUCGUAACCGUUCUCGCGUGUCAAUCCGUAGCCCAAGAAGGUCCGUCGUCAGCCUUCGUAGGAAACGGAAUAAUUCCUGAUGUCAUCGCCGUAGCUCCCCCUGCAAUCGUCAAAGUUUCAUUCCCCUCCGGACACGAGGUCAACCUCGGCAACGAACUAACUCCAACGCAGGUCAAAGAUCAACCGUCCGUCAGCUGGGAUGCCGAUCCGAAUGCACUGUACACGCUGAUCAUGACCGACCCGGAUGCACCCUCGCGAGCUAAACCGAAGAUGCGUGAAUGGAAGCACUGGCUGAUCACUAACAUUCCCGGCUCCGAUGUAGCCUCCGGGGAAACCAUUGCCGAGUAUAUCAGCUCCGCCCCACCGGAAGAUUCGGGAUCACAUCGGUACAUUUUCCUCGUUUACAAACAACCCGCUGGAAAAAUACAGUUCGAUGAACCCAAGCAGAGCAAUCGCAAUCCAAACCGUGGGAAAUUCCAAGCUGCUGAAUUUGCCAGAAAGUACAAUCUUGGUACCCCGGUCGCAGGCAACUACUACGAGGCGCAGUACGAUGAAUACGUUCCACAGGUGUAUGCCACGCUCACGGACACAAAGUGACGAUGCACGCUCUGGCCUGAUUCCGUAGACACACCAACAUUCACUACCUAGCGGCACGAAUUCACAUUCUUCUAAAAUCUACCAUUCACCAUAUUUUGACACUACUUGGCAAUAAAAAUCACCGAAUAAACACAAAUAAAACAGAACAGCACAUAAUUCA